CGACCCAGUAAACUGACUAAAAGAGCCUCUCACUCAAUCCAUGUAAAGAAUAACUUUGAAUAUCUUGUUACACGGCAUCAACGUUUUUAUUCAGUGCUUGGAAUUAUAUAAUAACACAGUUUCUUCAAGAAGUGAGGAAGUCUAAAGUUGAGAGUUAUAUUUGUAUGAUGUCAUCACCGUUAUUAUCGUCAUCAGUCCAGUGGCCUCUUCCCUUUAAAAAAACUGUAAAGUAUUUUUGCAAAAAUAAUUAACUGCGUAGCGGAACGUUGUCCUCCAUGGACGUACACGCCGACCGGACGUUAAUUUCAGACGGACCAAAACAUCUUUCCGAAAGUUGACGUGGAGGUGUUCGUGUACGAUGGCUGAUAAUAAACUAGAUAUUGCAACUGAUAGCUCCACUGCAUUACAGAACCCAAAUGCGUCUUCUCAGCCCAAUAACCCGCUGUCAAGGAAGCUCAACAAAAUACUGGAGACGAGGCUCGACAAUGACAAGGAGAUGCUGGAGGCUCUGAAGGCGCUCUCUGUGUUCUUCACCGACAACAGUCUGCGCACCAGGAGAAAUCUUCGCGGUGACAUAGAGAGACGAAGCCUCUCGAUCAACGAGGACUUUGCACGGAUAUUUAAGGAUGUAAAAGAGGCGCUUGAAAGUGUUCAUGAGGAUGUUCAGGCCAUGAGCACGUGUUCUGAAGAGAUGACUAAUAGGUUAAAGGCGGCGAAGGAGCAAACUCAAGACCUGAUAGUGAAAACCAACAAGCUGCAGGGAGAAAAUCACCGGCUGGAGUUGAGAGCUCAGGUUGCUCAGGCCUUCCUCGCAAAGUUCCAGCUGUCUAAUGAGGAGACUGCCACACUGCGAGGGGCUCGGGAUGCCCCCAUCACUGAGGAUUUCUUCAAAGCUCUGAGCCGGGUGAAGCACAUCCACGAGGAUGUGAAAAUCCUCCUGCGAACCAACCAGCAAACUGCGGGGUUAGAGAUCAUGGAGCAGAUGGCCGUGUUACAGGAGACUUCAUAUGAGCAGCUCUACCGCUGGGCUCAGAAUGAAUGCAGAGGACUGACCCACGAGACCUGUGAUAUCUGCCCUGUACUGACUCAAGCCAUGGAAGCCUUACAGGACCGACCUGUCCUUUACAAGUACACUCUGGACGAGUUCGGGACUGCGCGCAGGUGCGCGGUGGUACGAGGCUUCAUCGACGCCCUCACCCGCGGCGGGCUAGGAGGGACUCCUCGGCCCAUAGAGAUGCAUUCACACGACCCCAUGAGGUAUGUUGGGGACAUGCUGGCCUGGCUGCACCAAGCCACCGCCUCGGAGAAAGAGCACCUGGAAGCUCUGCUGAAACAAGUCACUGUGCAAGGUGUGGAGGAGAACAUGCAGGAGGUGGUUGGACACAUCACUGAGGGAGUCUGCAGGCCGCUGAAAGUUCGGAUAGAGCAGGUCAUAGUGGCUGAGCCAGGCGCUGUCCUGCUGUACAAGCUGUCCAACCUGCUCAAGUUCUACCACCACACCAUCAGUUCCAUCAUUGGGACCAGUGUGGCCUCUUUGCUCAUCACUAUUGAAGAAAUGCACAUCCUCAGCAAAAAGAUGUUCUUCAACAGCCUGAGCCUUCAUGCAAGCAGACUCAUGGACAAGGUGGAGCUGCCACCUGCAGACUUGGGACCCACAUCCUCCCUCACUCAGACCCUCUCUCUCCUCAGGGAGGUGCUGGCCUCCCACGACUCGUCGGUGGUUCCUCUGGAUGCCCGCCAGGCCGACUUUGCUCAGGUGCUCUCUUGCAUCUUGGAUCCUCUCCUACAGUUAUGUACCGUGUCUGCCAGUAACCUCGGCACUGCUGACAUGGCUACCUACAUGGUCAACUCCCUGUAUGUCAUGAAGACAACCUUAGCUCUCUUUGAGUUCACUGACAAGAGGCUUGAGAUGCUCGAAUUCCAGAUCGAGGCUCACCUUGACACCCUGAUCAACGAGCAGGCGUCCUAUGUGCUGACCAGAGCCGGACUGAGUUACAUCUACAGCUGUGUCCAGCAGCAUAGUGCUGAGCAGGGUCCUCUGUCGCUCCUCCCCAGCAUGGACAGCUCCUCUGUGAAAGCAGCGAUGGUCCAGUUCGAUCGGUACUUGUCGUCACCUGACACUCUGGUGAUGCCACAGCUCAACUUCCUGCUCAGUGCGGCCAUCAAGGAGCAGAUUUUCCGUCAGUCCACAGAGCUGGUGUGCAGAGCCUAUGUGGAGGUUCACACCGUGCUCACCAGCCCAGCGAACAGCUACAAAGACCCAGAGAACCUGCUUCCCAGAUCACCUCAGCAGGUUCAGGCCUUGCUGUCCUGAGAGACACCUUUUUUUUUUUUUUUUUCCCCCAACCUGGUUGAUCUUAAAAGCACGAGGUGAGCCCCAGUGAAGGUUAUUUAAGGAGCGGUGUGCUUUGUACAGCAUAAUAACAUAUACAAUAAUAUAAAAAGUAGUCGUUAAGGUGGGGUUCUUCUUUGUGGGAUGUGGGUCACUGACCUCAGAGAGAGAGAGAAAGAACAUUAUAUGUAUAUGAUCUUAUUUACUUUCACUGCUGUGGACAGUCGGCUCAUUAUUCUCUCUGUAAAGCACAUGUGUGUCCGUCUUUCUGUCUGUUUUCACACCAUGUACUCUCUUCUACCAUGUCCAUAAUUGUACAAAAUAAUGUAUUUUUUAUUGAAAACGUUGAACAUUAUAUAAAAACAAAAGGGUACACUUAAUUCAAGAGACUCGUCUUAUUCUUCCACACUUAAAGAGUGGUCAGGGGAAAACUCAGCCACAAUGUUAAGAGGAACCUCAGAAGCUUCAGGGCCAACGUUGUGUUUAUGUUCAUCUCAACUGUUUUGAGUUGGGAUGAAAUGGAAAAGUCUGUCUUACCGUCUCGUUUGGCUUUUCAACAAAAUGUCCAUGCUGACUAAGAUGUGUAAACAAGACAAAUUCUACCUUUAAAUGUCCUUAUAAAACGCAUUAUGGUGUUUCAGAUGGAGAACAAAAAAACACUUCUCAUACAUUGUUAUUUUUUUUUCCAUUCGGGCCGCAAUGCAUUGUCUGAAAUGAUGAAGUGGUGACAUUUUGGACAGACAUGGAUGUAAACUGCAAUAUGACUGGUUGGCGGAGGUAUACAACCUUAUAGUUUGGAUAUAUAAAGUGAUGUUUUAGUAUACGACAAGUGUUCUCUAUAUAAUGCAGUGGUGACCAGAAUAAAGUAAUAUAGCAUUAUCUAUUGCUCCUUUCUAAAAUAAAGGUAUGAAUAAAAGACUCAAAAAGGCUUUAGUUUCACAAGGAUAAUCUCCGUCUUUCAUAAAUAUAAAUCUAUAAAAUCCAAAUGGAUUGAUUUGCGAUAUUAUCUGCAAAGUAACCAAAUGCACAUUCAGGACAUUUGAUCCCGAUAGUGUGCCCUUUUCCUCGAAAGUAAACAUGAUGGCGUGUGAUAUAAUAUCAUUGAAUAUCCGACACCACCCAG